GCGGUACUUUCUAUCUAUGACCUUCAGUACAAUUGUAGCGUAUUCAGUCUGGACAAAAGUGUACCAACUGGCUGUCUUCACACAGUUUGACACUUAAGCCCCUUUGGAGACUGUUCCACCGAUGAAUGUCAUAAAUCCAGGAUGAAUUCUAGCACCCUGUUGUCAAGGCUUAGGAAUUCAGAGUGUCCACUGUCUCUUCUAAAGAGAUUUGUAAAUAAUGGCUUUGUUUUGAAAGAUCUCAGCUGUGAAGAAAUGGGUUCACUAGUGUGUUUACUCGUAUCUAAAACAUACGGACUUGGUCUCAAAAUCCUUCUCGAUUGUGGCUUGGAUAUGGCUGCUAGUCAUCCAAUUACUGGAGAUACACCGCUUAUUGUCCUAUGUAAUGAAGGCUUAUGUGGUGCAAUAAAAAAACUGAUGGCCGAAUUGACUUCAACCAGUCUAUUACACUCCAACUAUGGUGGGUUGACGGCUCUAACACAGUUACUUUGUCGCGCUCAUGGGGCCUGUAGUUGUUUAGAAAGUCUCCUUUCACGCUUUCAUUUGUGUAGCGCUCUUUUGCCAAAUGAAAUGAAAACAAACAAUCCUGCAUGUAACCUGAAAGCUAAUAAAAGUUCACAUUCUGAAGGGUCAUUUGGUAAAGGUGAUGAGAACCAGAUACUUUUCACACUUGAACAGCUUUUGAGUCGUAUUAAAUCAGAUAAUGGUGAGCGUAUUACAUCGGUGUUGCAGCUUUGGAUUAAAGCCAACCUACUGCUUCUAUCCCACGACAAUCUUUCCCAAGCCGAUCAACUAACGUUUAACGUGAACGCCUUUCAAGAAAGACUCCUUAGGCCUUUGUCAUCAUCGAUUUCCACCUCUGUUAGUACUGAAUCUCUAAUAAGCAAGCUUGAAGUAGUGCUUUACCAACUAAUCAUCCUCGGUCAGUUACCUGAAUGGUGGAUAAAUGGUCAGUUGUAUGAUUCAAACGCCAUUGAAUGGGAGAAUCAGAGGUUGAUUACUAUGUUAACUGAUAUAAAAUGCCAUUUCAGUCCGCCACUCAGUUUAAGACUCCUCGUGAUACGUACAAUUCGUCGAAUCCUUCAAUACCGAUUUAUAUCUACUUGCCAGUUAUACGAUAUACUGAGUCCUUCAGUGGAUGAUGAUGAUGAUGGUGGUAAUGCACUUUCAUUUAUCACCUGGGUUAAUCAGUUGCCCCUUCCAUUGGUUCUAAAACAGCACAUACUUCUGGACCCUUCAACUUUAAAAUGUACUUAA